CCUCCCUAUUCUCUCUCUCACCUUCAAUCCAAUUCACUAACCAAAUCACCAAAAACCUUUCAUUUUCUCUGUUCUCUCUAUUUUUCUCUCAUUCUCAAACAUAAAAAUGGAGGGUCUUAUUCCAUUUGUGUACAAAGCUAUAAUGCAAUACAAGAAUGGCAAACAAGGUUCUAUUGGUUCAUGGCUUUGUGAGUCACCUUCUUACUCAUAUAUGAAACUUCCUGGUGACUCGGGUCGUUUUCAAACCUCUACUUCUUCUCUGUUUGGAUCAGAUUAUGGGUUCCCUUCAUCUUCACCAUCUUCCAAGCUUGCUACUUCCAAGGCUGCUAAUUCUUCAACCCAAAUUUUAGUUUCUUCUGGUGUUCAAUCUCCACAUCGUCGUUUGAAUUCUCGUGGAGUUUCAACAUGAACAUGUACCCUUUGCAGACCAACCUGUUCUGGUACAUGAAUGUGAUUACUGCUUGUAAUGUUUAAGUGUUCAAGUUUGGCUUUUCAAGUUAGAAUUUGCAAGUGUGUGGAAAACCAAAGGAGUCCUACGCUUGGUUAGUAGUAUUGUGAAAUUGUAAAUAUUGGUUGUGAUUCUUAAGAAAGUGUAUGUAAUUCAUGGCCAAAGGGUCAUCAUAUACUAUGUAUGUGCUUUUAAAAAUAUAUUAAUAAGUGAAGUGAAUGGGUUUCUUGGCCUAAGGGGUCAUGGAAACUAUGAAUUUGUAGA